AUGAAGGAUUGUCAGCUCAGGCGCUCCUUCUUCAGGAUUGUGAGCUGGGGAAUUGAGAGGACCAAAAUGGCUCUUUGGAGGUUUGCCUUGUUGAGCAUCUGCUUGAUGCAAGCAAUCACGUCCUCCCAAGCAGACCAUGAAAGAAGGCUUCUGCAGGCACCAGCACCAGCACCAGACUCACCAGCACCCGGACCUAAUGGACCUGCUCCACCAGGGGCUUGCCUCGGCGACUUUUCCUUCAGCGUGCUGCAACCAAAUCAAGUUACCACGCUGUUGGGAGAUUGCCUUGUUGGUAACGUGGCAACUGCAAGCCAAGACUGUUGUGAAAAUAUUCAAUUUCUAGGGCUUGCUCUUUUGGCCUUGAACUCCCAGUCAAACAGCAACAUCUAUGCCAUCACUGCCGACAAUCCUGCCGGUCAGAAUAUCGCCUGCGUCAACGACUUCAAGACAAAUGUCCUGACCCCGAACAAUGUCAACAUUCCGUCCGAUGUGAACACCUUCUGCGCGCCAUACAAUGUCGAAGUGUUUCCGAACAUCGAAACGACACUGCAAGGUUCUGCAUGCCCCAUCAAGGACGCCGACACAGUGUCAAGGACGGUCGACCUCAACGCGCUGGCUACAGCCUGCUACGGGCCCAACAGCUGUGAAACGGCUACAGCUGAAUCAGGGCUUACCGUCUGUGAAAAUGCGGUUGUUGCGGGAGCAAGGGACCUUGCGACGGAUGAUACCAACACAGCCCAGGUCACCGCUUGCGCAGAGGUCGUCAGUGCACGACUUGUGCAGACGCAUUUCUAUGAGAGCUACUACUCUAUCAUCCAGGACUGCGGAAACGGGACUGCGAACACGGCUCUUCCCCCUACGCUGGAGUUCGCACAGUCACCCACCAACACAUUCAGCCUCCCGCCCCUGCCCCCGCGUCCCCCGACUCCGGCUCCCGCUCCGUCCCCCAACAAGCAGUCACCGGGACCCGCACCCGGUCCGGCCCCUGGCCCGGCACCGGGCCCCGCCCCCGGCCCUGCUCCCGGCCCCGCAAACUCGACUUCUCCCCCUCCCCCGGCGGUUGUCUCGCCUCCUCCCCCACCCGGUGCUGCAGCCAGCACAAGCGCCAACCUGGGACUUCUCGUUGGCAUUGUCCUGCUCAUCGCUUCCAUCUUGUAAGCAGGUUUACAGAACCCAUGAGGAGCGAUAGAUGUAGGUUAGCAUGAGCGACAGAGCCGAGGUACACGUUAGAAAGUGCUCGAGUAAGUAGAGGCAUUGACUUCGACGAGCACCACAUAUUGCGCCACUAUGCAUGUAGAUUGAAGCUUCAGUUGAUUCAUUUCCAGAGAUCUCUCUGUUAAGAUACUUACGAUCUGCACCGCUUAGACUUCUGGCGAGAGAAGUAGCAUGCCUGACAGCUCCGUGCCUCGAGUUGUCUUGUUUGUGGUGCCAUAGAUGAUUACUCAACCGUUACCUUUACGAAAGAAACUUUUGUGACGGC